AUGUUAUCAACAAUUUACUUUCAAGUACCAAUAUUCCUUAUAACUUUUCCAGUAUCUAUUAUUGCAUUAAGUAAAAUAAAAGAAUGCACUCUAAUUCAUUAUCAUGUCAAAAUCAUAUUUAUUAAUCUUAUUAUUUAUCAAUUAUUAGGAGCAAUUUCUAUAACAUCAUUAGCUUUUUAUCUAAAUAAUAUAGCACAACAUGAGAUUACAACAUUUUAUAUUAUAAAUUAUGGAAUUAUAGUUUUUUCAUGUGUUGGAACAGCAAUUUAUUGUUCAUUUCUUAUGAUGGAACGUCAAUUAUCAAUUUAUUUUGGAGCUAAAUACCAAAGUAAAACUUUUACAUCAAUAUUUCUUACUAUUAGUUUGGCAAUUUUGAUUGGUGUUACAUAUGAUGUUUAUCGAGAUUUAGAUAGUCUUUACCUAGCAUACAUUGAACAUGCAUCUCUUGAUUUUUCAUUGAUCUUCUUUAUUUUUUAUUUAUUAACACAAUAUAAAAGUUUAAAAAAACAAAAUAAAGAUUUUCAUAAUCAUGCUAAAUUUAAUCUUAGUGAAAGGCAUCAUACAGUUAAUAAUACUAAAAUUGCAAAAAAACUUAUUCCAUUUACUAUUGUAUUACUAAUUUUUUGUUAUCUUAAUGAAAUUUUUGUUGUUUUAAUGCUUAUUAAUAGUGAUAAUUAUGAGUCAUUUACAAUAUUAUCAUUAAUUUGGUCAACUAUUUUAUCUAGUAGAUGUUUAAGUAUACCAAUAGCCAUAAUUUAUAUAACAAAUAAAAAUGAUAUCUCUAUAAUAGGUUAUAUACUUUAUCAAUGUGGUUAUAAAAAAAAGGGAAAAAAUAACAAUGUAAAUGUUAAAAAUCAAUCUAUAACAAAUACUUACUUUAUCAAACUUAGAUCACAAUGGAAUUUACCUCAAUAA